CAUGUAACCAUAGCAACUUGUUCACAACAAAUUGUCUUACACUGAUACAUUUUACAGUUUUCUUAAAAUUUAUAUGAAUAUAUUAGACAUUCUUAAAACGAGUUCGAUUAUGGAGAAAGAUGUGGCUAAUUACUCAGUGGAGGGAAGAAUCGGCGAGGGAGCGCAUGGUCUCGUGUUCAAAGCAAGACAUCUACCAACAGGGCGCGAAGUCGCGCUAAAAAAGAUCUUGAUAAAAAACCUCGAAGAUGGAAUACCUAUAAAUGUAAUGCGUGAAAUUAAAGCUCUACAACUACUGCGAUGUAAAUAUAUAAUAAAAUUAUACGAGAUGUUUCCACGAGGUAUGAGUUUGGUCUUAGUACUGGAGUACAUGUGCUCAGGUCUAUGGGAGAUGCUGCACCACAACCAGCAGGAACUGACCAUCCCACGCGUGAAGACAUACGCUCAGAUGUUACUCAAAGGAACGCGAUAUAUGCAUGCACAUUAUGUUAUGCAUAGGGACUUGAAGCCGGCUAACUUGCUUAUAAAUCACGAAGGUAUUUUGAAGAUAGCGGAUCUUGGUCUAGCUCGGCUGUACUGGCCUGAUGGAGGAAGACCGUAUUCACAUCAAGUAGCUACACGAUGGUAUCGUGCUCCAGAGCUAUUGUACGGCGCUAGGUUCUACAGCGAAAAGAUUGAUUUGUGGUCUGUUGGCUGUAUAAUAGCGGAGAUGAUUACGAAAAAACCACUUUUCGCGGGAGAAUCUGACAUUGAACAGCUGGCGAUAGUUCUCCAACAUUUAGGUACUCCUACAGAGGAAACAUGGCCUGGACACUCCAAACUACCGGAUUACCAUAAGAUCACCUUUCCAGAGUCGACGCCAACGUCUUGGACUGAUCUCUUGCCCGGAGUUGAAUCUGAGGCGAUUGAUCUUGUUAAAUCAUUCGUAUUGUAUAAUGCUGAUAAAAGAAUAUCUGCUAAAGAAGCAUUGAGGCAUCCAUGGUUCCACAACAGGCCAUCACCUGCUGCUAUUGAAGAUAUGCCAAAACCGAACAUCAACAAACCGAAAUAAAAAUCAUUCCAUUUA